GAAAAGAGACAAACUUUUAGAGAGAGGAGAACGAAGCUCGUCGUCAUGCUCUCACUCAAAGCCGCCACCUCUCGAAUUGCGAGGAAAAGAAGAGAACUUUAUAUUCGCAGAGAAGGCGGGAAGAAGAAAAGGGGGGAGCUUGAUCGAAGAUGGAGAGCACGAUGAAGGAGAUGCGAGGGGACGAAGCCUCGGUUCUUGAUCUCGAUUCGAAAUCGGCGGUGGGUGGUGGAGUUGAGGAUAUCUAUGGCGAGGAUCGAGCCACCGAGGAGCAGCUCGUUACGCCAUGGACGGUUUCAGUUGCAAGUGGUUACUCAUUGUUGAGAGAUCCACACUACAAUAAAGGGCUUGCUUUUUCAGAGCAAGAAAGGGAUGCCCACUACUUGCGAGGACUCUUGCCGCCUGCAUGUAUCACUCAAGAGCUCCAGGAAAAAAAGCUCAUGAACAAUCUUCGGCAUUAUGAGGUGCCCCUUCAGAAGUACAUGGCUUUGAUGGAUCUUCAGGAGAGGAAUGAGAGGCUAUUCUACAAGCUUCUCAUUGAUAACGUUGAGGAGUUGCUUCCGGUUGUAUACACACCUACAGUUGGUGAGGCUUGUCAAAAGUAUGGUAGCAUCUUUAGGCGUCCUCAGGGUCUUUAUAUCAGUUUGAAAGAGAAGGGUAAAAUUCUUGAGGUGUUGAAGAACUGGCCUGAGAAGUCCAUUCAGGUUAUUGUGGUAACUGACGGUGAACGUAUUUUGGGGCUUGGAGAUCUUGGAUGUCAGGGUAUGGGAAUUCCUAUUGGCAAGCUAUCCCUUUACACAGCCCUUGGCGGACUUCGUCCAUCUGCAUGCUUACCCAUAACAAUUGAUGUGGGGACUAACAGUGAACAGUUGCUGAAGGAUGAGUUCUAUAUUGGGAUGCGGCAAAAGCGAGCUACUGGCCAGGAAUAUGCUGAUUUGCUACAUGAAUUCAUGACUGCUGUGAAACAAAACUAUGGCGAGAAAGUCCUUAUUCAGUUCGAGGACUUUGCAAAUCAUAAUGCAUUUGAAUUGCUCGCAAAAUACAGUAGAAGUCAUCUCGUCUUUAAUGAUGAUAUUCAGGGCACAGCUUCAGUUGUCCUUGCUGGGCUUAUUGCAGCAUUAAAGUUAGUUGGUGGAAAAUUAGCAGAAUACACCUUCUUGUUUCUUGGCGCUGGCGAGGCUGGUAUUGGUAUUGCAGAACUUAUAGCCCUGGAGAUGUCAAAACAGACAAAAGCUCCAAUUGUUGAAACUCGCAAGAAGAUUUGGCUUGUAGAUUCUAAGGGCUUGAUUGUGAGCUCGCGCAAAGAGUCACUGCAACAAUUUAAGAAACCCUGGGCUCAUGAACAUGAACCUGUCAAAACUCUCUUAGAUGCUGUAAAGGCUAUCAAGCCGACUGUGCUGAUAGGAUCAGCUGGAGUGGGGAGGACUUUCACAAAGGAGGUAGUUGAGGCGAUGACCUCUUUCAACGAGAAGCCAAUAAUUUUUGCUUUAUCAAACCCAACAUCACAGUCUGAGUGUACUCCCGAGGAAGCAUAUACGUGGAGCAAAGGCCGAGUCAUAUUCGCUAGUGGGAGUCCAUUUGGUCCUGUUGAAUACAAUGGCAAGGUUUUCAUGCCAGGGCAGGCAAACAAUGCGUAUAUUUUUCCUGGAUUUGGUCUUGGUUUGGUGAUCUCAGGAGCGAUACGUGUGCAUGACGACAUGCUUCUUGCAGCUUCCGAAGCUUUGGCUUCACAGGUGCCACAAGAGAAUUUCGAUAAUGGUCUGAUUUAUCCACCGUUUACGAGUAUCAGGAAGAUAUCUGCCCAUAUAGCUGCUAAUGUAGCUUCUAAAGCGUAUGAACUAGGUCUUUCUACUCGUCUCCCCCGUCCAGAAAAUCUUCUAAAACACGCAGAGAGCUGCAUGUACACUCCAGUAUACCGUACUUACAGAUGAGUCAAAAAAAAGUAUUCGAUUUUGUUCUGUAGCUUUAUGUAUAUAUACUUGCUACGUUUGUAAAAUUUGAGAGUUUUUGUAGUUUCUGCUAAUAAUUAUGCAGAGUAGUGCUGUUUAUUGGGUGAUUCUAUGGAUCAGUGUGCUGAUGUAUAUAUAUCAUCUUUUGUACCUUAUUGUUGUUGCCUGUAAUUGCUAUCUUGUAAUCAAAUGGCAACCAGUUCC